CAGUCUCGCGCCCCAAGGCAGCGCACCGCCAGCCACUACCAUGUCCACUCCCGGAGUCAAUGCGUCCGCCUCCCUGAUACCCAACCGGCCGAACAGCCCAGUGACCAUCCCGGCGGUGAUGUUCAUCUUCGGGGUGGUGGGCAACCUGGUGGCCAUCGUGGUGCUGUGUAAGUCGCGCAAGGAGCAGAAGGAGACGACUUUCUACACGCUGGUCUGCGGGCUGGCCGUCACCGACCUGCUGGGCACGUUGCUGGUGAGCCCGGUGACCAUCGCCACGUACUUGAAGGGCCAGUGGCCCGGGGGCCAGCCGCUGUGCGAGUACAGCACCUUCAUCCUGCUCUUCUUCAGCCUGUCCGGGCUCAGCAUCAUCUGUGCCAUGAGCGUCGAGCGCUACCUGGCCAUCAACCACGCCUACUUCUACAGCCACUACGUGGACAAGCGCUUGGCCGGCCUCACGCUCUUCGCGGUCUACGCGUCCAACGUGCUCUUCUGCGCGCUGCCCAACAUGGGCCUGGGGAGCUCGCGGCUCCAGUACCCGGACACCUGGUGCUUCAUCGACUGGACCACCAACGUGACGGCGCACGCCGCCUUCUCCUACAUGUUCGCGGGCUUCAGCUCCUUCCUCAUCCUCGCCACGGUGCUCUGCAACGUGCUGGUGUGCGGCGCGCUGCUCCGCAUGCACCGCCAGUUCAUGCGCCGCACCUCGCUGGGCACCGAGCAGCACCACGCGGCCGCCGCCGUCGCGGCCUCGGCCUCCUGCCGGGGCUACCCCGCCGCCUCCCCGGCCCUGCCGCGCCUCGGCGACUUUCGCCGCCGCCGGAGCUUCCGCCGCAUCGCGGGCGCCGAGAUCCAGAUGGUCAUCCUACUCAUCGCCACCUCCCUGGUGGUGCUCAUCUGCUCCAUCCCGCUCGUGGUGCGAGUGUUCGUCAACCAGUUAUACCGGCCGAGUUUGGAGCGAGAAGUCAGCAAAAAUCCCGAUUUGCAGGCCAUCCGCAUUGCUUCCGUGAACCCCAUCCUGGACCCCUGGAUCUACAUCCUGCUGCGAAAGACAGUGCUCAGUAAAGCCAUAGAGAAGAUCAAAUGCCUCUUCUGCCGCAUUGGCGGAUCCCGCAGAGACCAUCCCGGACAGCACUGCUCCGACAGUCGGAGGACGUCUUCUGCCAUGUCCGGCCACUCUCGCUCCUUCCUGUCCCGGGAGCUGAAGGAGAUCAGCAGCACAUCUCAGACCCUCCUGCCAGACCUCUCGCUGCCGGACCUCAGUGAAAAUGGCCUUGGCGGCAGGAACCUGCUCCCGGGGGUGCCCGGCGCGGGCCUGGCCCAAACGGACACCACCUCACUGAGGACUUUGCGAAUAUCAGAGACCUCGGACUCCUCACAGGGUCAGGACUCAGAGAGUGUCUUACUGGUGGAUGAGGUGGGGGCCGGCAGCAGGGUCGGGCCCGCCCCGAAGGGGGGCUCCCUGCAAGUCACAUUUCCCAGCGAAACCCUGAACUUCUCGGAAAAAUGUAUAUAGUCGCUAGGGAAAGAAAUACUGCCGUUUCUGACACCUUAUGAAAUCCUGUGCAACAGACACAUCAAUGAAGCAUUUGGCCGUGCUCGGAAGGGCUGUCUUCAUCCUACGACUCACAAGAGAGAACAUCCUGGCUUUUGAGCGCUUUUCAAACAAUCAGUUUGACUCACAUGUGUCCUAAGGCCUGAAGCACAUUGGUCGCUACCCCGCCAUGACACAGGGUUGUGGCCAGAACUCGAUAGCUGAGAAGAUCUACCCUCGGUUUGUCUGUUGGAUAGGAGGAAGAUGGCUGAAGUUUGGCUAUUUGCAUCACAUCGAGAGCUUCGUAUCUGGUACACAACAGAGGCCCAGAUACUAGAAGGGCUCUAUUCCAAUAAACUAUGAGGACUAUGUUAUGGAUGAUUUAUGUGUCUCUCUAAAGCAUGAAAUGUGAAUUUUUAUUGUUGUAAAUAUGAUUUAAGGUAUUUAAAGUAUUUUCUUCUCUGUGAGAAGGUUUAUUGUUAAUACAAGGUAUCAUAAAAUUAUAGUUACCCCUCUUCUCCCAGUAUAACCAGCUGAAGUUACAAAUGUUAGAUAUUUUUCAUAAACAAGUUCAGGCUAAGGUGUUGAAAAUUUACAGUAAGACUAAUAUCUAUAAAAUAGAUAUAAAUUUUUUAAAGAGUUUAGUAUUAUCACAGG